AUGGUAAGAUAAAAUAAAGAUAAAUCCAAAUUUUUAAAAAAAUUUAUCUAAUCUAGCCUUGCUUGCUCUUAAAAUAAUCUCAGUUUGUUCUUAGACUACAAUAUAAUCAGUGAAGAUGUUGCUGAAAUCUUGGAAAAAUAAUUAAAAAAUUUUACUGAUUUAUAAAUGUCUUUAAAGUCAUGUUAUUUAGGUAAUAUUUGUUUUACUACAUUAGUUUCUGGUAUAGCGAAUUGCACUAAUUUAAAGUCGAUGAAAUUAGAUCUUUAUAAUAACUAAAUUUAAGCAGAGGGUGCAUAUCAAUUAAGUUUAGCUAUUUAGAAUUUCGAAAAUAUUGAGACUAUCUAGAUUGACUUAAGAAGAAAUAACAUUCGUCAUCAAGGUCUUUUUAAAUUGGCUUCUUCUUUCUAGAAUUGCUAAUAUUUAUCAACAUUGAUUUUGGGACUAAAAUCAAAUAACAUUUCAGGGAAAGAUACUAUUAAAUCAUUCACUGCUUUAGCUUAGAGUAAAACAUUGAAAACUUUAGCUCUUAAUUUAAGCAAAAAUAACAUAAAUGCAAGCUGUGCUAUUGAUAUUUGUUCUGAGUUAGUAAAAAAUACAACGAUUUAGAAUUUGAAAAUUGAUUUUUCGAAAAAUUUUAUUUCCAACUUAGGACUUAUUGGCUCUUGUUAGCAUUUAUUCAACUCUACAUACAUUCAAUCUUUAGUUCUUAGAUUAUGUAAUGCAAUAAUUACUGAUGAUGGCCUCUUGUGCUUAAAAAAUACCUUAAUUUAAGGAAAAAUCAUUCCAAGCUUGGCUAUAGAUUUUUAAGGAAACAAUUUGAGCGAAUAAAGUGUUUCUGAAUUUAUUUCUUGCAUCGGAAGCACAUAAAUUUAGGUUUUUAAGCUAAAUAUUAAUGAAGUACCAAUUAAUUUAGAGUAAUCUUGCUUAGGAUUUGAUAAAUCUUAAUUUGCAAACCUAAUAAAUUUGGACAUCUGUUUUGAAUUUAACAAUCCUAAAGAAUCACAAUUAUAGCUUUUAGGAGCAGUUAUAGCUAAUCUUCCAAAGCUUUCGAUUUUAAGACUUGUUAUUAAACGCUGGGAUUAAGAAAAUUACUUUCCUUUAUUUGAUGGCAUAGCUAGGUGUAAGAAUAUCAAAACCUUUUUGAUUUAUGCCUUUCCAUAUUACUAAUAUUUUAGAGUUGCCAACGUAGAAAAGAAAAUCUACAAAAAAUUGAGAAAGAUAAAAUCUCUUGUUCACAAAUAAAUUUUGUAUAAAAAUUUAACUGAAGAAACUUUUGCUCUUUGA